AUGUUGGAAGAUUAUGAAAUGCCUUUAGAUUUGCAGCUAAGCCAAUCUAAUUUUGAAACUAUAUUUUAUAAAAAGCAAGGAUACGCAGUCAUAAGAAACUUAGCUUUAACUUGCCAACUAAAUACUAUUGGUAAUAGACUUCAGAGCUGAAGAGUAUUUCUAGGCAUCUUCCAAGAAAAUUCCGAUAUCUCAUCUUGGGAGCAAACAAUAGUCCAGUCAAGAAGGGCUUUUGCUCAGCUUAAAAGCUCAACACAAAUAGAUGGAAAGGGUGGAGACCCGUUAACUCAUCAUUCUAAUGUGAGAAUUACGUCAGAACCCAUGAAAUCAAUUAUAUAAAGACAAAGACCUGAAAAAUGAAAUACAAAGAGACGUCGACAGAACUUUCCAAAAAAAUCCUUUUUUCAGGCUAGAAUUUGUCAAGAAAAUGAUGAUCGAGGUCCUUUUUAUAUGAGCAAAAGCACACCCAAAUAUAAGCUACAGACAAGGAAUGAAUGAAAUUCUUGCUUUUAUAGUCGUUGUUGUUUAUGGAGAGAGAGCACAUGGAAAUAUUACAAUUAAAGAGCCAUCUGCAAGAGUCUUAACUUCCCCUUUUAAUUUGGAAAAAAAAAAUCUUGUUCAAAUUUAGAGAGGGGUUAAUUUUAUUUUUUUAAAAUUUAAAAAAUAUAAAUCGAACAAUGCUUUGAAUUUUAAUUUAUUUUCAUAAAAAGUUAAUUAAAACAAUUAAUCUAUUAAUGUAAAACUUUUUAAAUAACAUUCUACUUGUAUUUUCCACUAAAUUAGUUCAAAACUAAUAUUAUAUAAAAAUUAGUAUUUUAAUCUUUAAUUUAAAAAAUAUACUUUGAAUUUUAAUUAUUUUUUUAUGAAGAAUUAAUUCAAAAAAUCAAUCUAAUCAGCGUGAAAACUGUUUAAAUUAUAUUCUACUACACUUUUUCCAUUAAAUCAGGUCAAAGCUAAUUUUAUAAAAAUUUGUUCUUUUAGCUAUAAAAUUUUCCUAUGAUCCAACUUAAAAGGAAUUAAAAUGCCAAAAAAUAUGGUAACUUUACCAAUGCUUUGUUCCAAUUUAAAGGAAGGGAGAGUAAGAUUAUUAAAUGAUGAAGACAGCAUAGAAAGUGAUGUAUAUCAGCUAUUUGAUAGAAUAAUGAUUAUGGGUCUUGCAGAUUUGAAUGCUCCAGUAGAAAACCAAGAGCUCCCUAAUAAGAAAGGAAGACUUCUGUUUUUAGACCCAUUAAAUCAAAGAUAUCAAAGUGAAGAUCUAAGUGCAUCAUUAGUACUUAGAAAAUGCAAUUUAAUAUUCCAUGUUUAUUUAAAAGCUAUAGAUCCUCAGUUAUAUGAACAUUUAGAUAAUGAAAAAAUCGAGCCUCAUCUAUUUUUAUUGUAAUUGAUAUUUAGACGGUGGCUGAGAUGUUUAUGCGCUAGAGAAUUCACUAUGUCGAAUGUACUGAUAUUAUGAGACGCAAUUUUUGCAUCCCAAGCAAUAAAUAUAGAAAACAACAGAGAAGAUAUCACUGGAAGGAUUGAUAAGACAAGAGAGUUUGUGAUGCUUGAUUUUGUGUCAGUUGCUAUGAUUGUGUUCGUGAGAAACCAUUGUAAUAGUUAUUCAGUGGUUAAUGCAGACUCUGCAAGCAUUUUACAGAGAUUGCUUAAGUACCCUCCAGUUGAGGAUAUAGGCUCACUUGUGGAUUUGUCUAUGAAAUGCAGAGAUUUUAUAUUCAGCGGAGAUAUUAACAAAAAACCGAAUUUACCUGAUUUUCCGUUUAUUGAGCCACCAAGAAAGACUGAAAAACAAAAAAAAGUCGAAAAAAAAUAUUCCGAAUCAAAAAGCAAGAAAAAACAAGAAGCACAAAUGAUGACUUUACACUCAUUUUCUCAAUGGAAAAAUGAAUCAUCGUUGCAAAAUGACCUAGAAGUUCUUAAUAGCUCUUUGAAUUCUGUAAAUGAAAUAAUUGAGCUUAUUCAAAGCCAAAUAUCAAGGUAAAAAAUAUUCAGUAAUUCAUAUAGUUUGGAAGAAGCAGUUCACGCCCACGAAGAAUUAAAUAAGAUUAAGCAAGGCUUUACUACUUAA